AUGGAUUCUGUCAUGAUUUUCAUGGCCUUACUCUCCAUCUUAUUCCUAUACUUUAACAUCCGUCGUCGUCCCGCCUCCAGACUGCCGCCGGGGCCGUACCCAUUUCCGGUAAUGGGAAACAUCCUGUCACUAGGCUCAAGCCCACACAUUUCCUUAGCAUCCCUCUCCAAAAUCCAUGGCCCAGUCAUGUCCCUCAACUUGGGAAACAUGACCACUAUUGUGGUGUCAUCGCCGGACACUGCCCAAAAUAUACUCCAAAAAAAUGACCGGAUAUGCUCCGGCCGACAUCUCCCUGACAUCUUCAAAGUCCUCGACCACAACAAGUACACUUUUGUUUUCGGCCCCGCGAAUAGCCAAUGGCGAACCCUUCGUAAAAUCAUCAAAGAAAACAUGUUUUCGCAGCCGCAGAUGGACGCAAAACAGGGCUUCAGGCUAAAAAAGGUGGAAGAACUCAUAGCCUUCGUGCGUCGGAGCUCCGUCGUGAAAAUAGGUGACGCCGCCUUCACCACGACGCUGAAUUUGCUGUCGGACUUGUUCUUCUCGAUGAAUUUAGCUCACUACGAUUCGAAUUUUUCUCGGGAGUUCAAGGAUCAUUUGAGGAUGGCGCUGGAAAUCGGAGGGUCUCGUAAUUUAGCGGAUUACUUCCCUAUAUUUAGGUUCGUUGAUGUACAAGGCCUAAGGCGGCGUGGCAGAUUUCAUUUAUCAAGAUUGAUUUGUAUAUUUGAGGAGAUCAUCCAACAUAGGAUAGAAUCGAAGGAAACCAAGAAUGAUUUUCUAGACGCGCUCAUCAAUCUCUCCCAAGAGACUCAUGACUCAACUCUCACCAUCAACGGCAUAUCCCAUUUGUUUAUCGAGUUGUUCGGUGCAGGGACAGACACAAUAUCGAGCACGGUAGAAUGGGCGAUGACAGAAUUACUUCGUAAUCCUGAUAAACUGAAAAAAGCUCAAGGAGAGCUGAGAGCAUUUGCAGGCGAUAAACUAAUAAUUGAAGAAUCAGAUAUAUCAAAAUUACCUUAUAUACAAUUAGUUGUGAAAGAAACGUUAAGACUUCAUCCUCCCAGUCCUUUCAUGGUUCCUCACAGGGCCGAAGCCGAGUUUGAGAUAGUAGACAUGGAGGGGAAGUAUUUGUUUCGUGUUCCGAAAGAUGCUAAAAUUUUAGUAAACAUUUGGGAAAUUGGUCGUGACCCAAAAGUGUGGGAAGAUCCACAUGCGUUUAUACCGGAGAGAUUUUUGAAAAGUGAAUUUGACUUUAAUGGUCAAGAUUUUAGGUUCUUCCCAUUUGGGUCCGGAAGAAGGAGCUGCCUUGGUAUGGUUUUGGGAGAGAAGAUGGUGCAUAUGCUAUUGAUCUCUUUGUUGCUCUCUUUCGAUUGGAAACUUGAAGAGGGAAUUAACCCUCAAGAUAUUGAUAUGGAUGAUAAAUUUGGUAUUACAAUGGAAAAGGCUAUACCUCUUAGGGCUAUUCCCAUUCCCAUUCCCAUCAAAUCUUGA